UGCAUCAUUACGACCAGUCCUCAAGCCCUCUGUUUAUUUACAGGCCUAAUCUCACGUUCACUCGGGCUUGUUAUGAUCUCUGUAAACGGUGUCAUCAUCCAGGUAUUCUUAAGAAAGUGCUGAAAACCAGUGUAUUUAUCUAUAUAGUCUUAGUCCGGUGUAAGAUAUGAAGAAAUACGGAGCUCUAUGGAGAGCAGAUGUUGUGCUUUGAACGACACCGAAGCGCUUCCGACGCCAGACAACACUGACAGCGUCUGCUUUGAAAGGUCCAAGACACUGUUUGAGGAGAUUCGAGCUUCCAUCAACAACAAUGAGGAGGAGGACCGCUCCUUCUGGAGGCCCGUGCUGCCGUGGGGGGGCGUCUUCAGCAUCAAAGCAGGACGCAAAGCUAUCUCCUGCACGCCGUUAUACGUCAAGAUCCACCUAAAAAACACCUGCACCAUCGACGGCUUCCUCAUGAUCCUGUACGUGAUCCUGCGGGACAAUCAGGGCUUCUCCAGGGAGCUGGCCGUCUUCCUGGGCAAGCAGUUUGUGGAGUACUUCCUGCACCUGAUGGAUUCCUGUGACUACACCACAGUGAAGGUGCUGUGGAUCUGGAACAGGAUGUCCAGAAGGCAGUACCGCUCGGAGGUCCACCAGGCAGCGCUGGAGAUCGACCUCUUUGGCAACGAGCACGAGAACUUCACGGAGAACCUGGAGAACCUCAUGUCCACCGUGCAGGAGAGCCUGUGCACCAGCUGGAGCUGCCCGGCCCGCUUGCAGGACUUCAUCAAGACUACCAUCAACAUCAGCCCUCCUCAUGAGCUGCCUCACAGAGACCCUAUUCAGUCAGCUGUGGACGAGUUUUUCUGUCCCAAGCUCCUCCUAUGCUCAGAACUGGGGUGCGACGGUCUGAGGGAGUUCUCCCAGAGGGUUUUCUGUCACGGACCACCGCCCUUCGUCAUUCUCAACAUGCAGCAGUGGAAGUCAGACGACCUGUCUUACGUUCCCUACCACCUGGCUUUCUCCCAACACAGGUACUUGCUGGAGGGCGCCACUCUCUUCAACAAGGAGGAGCACCACUACUCUGCAGCCUUCCACAUAGACGGAUGCUGGAUGCACUAUGAUGGUCUGAGGAGCGACAAUCUGAUUCUGUUACACAAGCCGCCAGAGUUCCUGCUGCUGUCCUCUCUGGUCUACGUCCGUGCCUCCAACAAGUGAACCUGUCUUAGAAACUGCAAAAAGCACACGAUUAUAAACAGUCAUUCCACUUUCUGUUCUGUGUCCUUAUGUCCCAUAGAUGCCAUUACUUUAGUGCACACAUGAUUAUUGCAUUAUUACACUUUUUAAUUGUAUCCUAUCAGCAUUUUCUUGCUUGGGCGUGCUUGGAAUCCAAGAAUAUUCUGGACUAUAAUAGUUCUGGGUUGAUGCAUAAAUGAGGGUAUCAUUAAAGAAUGCACACAGGCCACUGCCAUCAACAUCACUGUAAGUGCAUUCACUAUUCCAGUUUUUUUAUGUCGAGUGUGGUCUGAAGAUUUGAAUCAUACAAACGACUUGAAGGUUCAUAAAACAUUUUUUAACCUGUUACAUUUAGUAAUGAAGUUCCAUAAUUCUCUCUAUUAAAUGUUGGAGGCACUGGUGUCUCAUUUGACACAAGCUUGUAAGAAAUAUUAUGUUCAUUUAAACUUGCAGCGUAUCUACACAUGCUCACUACACACUUUAGUUGCCAUGUAUUUCACGUGUCAUUUUGUAAUACUGUACCUGCAGCCUCAGAUAAUUCGUGGUAUCACAGUGUGCCUCUGCCAAGGAGUAAAUGCUUGAUUCAUUUUGAAUGGCUGUUUUACUAUGCAGACACUGUCUUUGAAGUAAUAAAAGAAUUUGAAGUA